AAACAAUUUUGUACUUAGUAGUGUGUGGGUGGUGGGAAUCGAGCAGCAAACAAUAUAAUUGACUGCGAGGGCGAGGACGAGGAGUGGACAGCUAAGAAUAGACAAAAACAGGUCUGGUUGGAUGAUGGAGGAGGUUUCUUGGAACGUCCUUAGCUUGAGGUAGGCUAGAAUCGCGGCCGCAGCCUGGAAUUCCACACGAUGUCGACGUUUCUCAAGAGCUGCCGUCGGAUCCUAUCCGACGUGCCGACGAGACUCUCUAACGCAGGCAUAACAUCUACUGAGGAGUGCGAGAAUUGUCGUGCCAACUUUAACAUUAUCAGGAAAAAAUAUAUUUGCAACAAGUGCGCUCGAUGCUUCUGCUCAGACUGCCUCAACAAGAGAAUUUUGAUUUGCAAGUCGUGCAGAGUGCUGAGCACUUGGCCUAUCGACAGGGCGGAGCUGCAGCCGCUGAAGGCCAGGGACAUCAAAGCAUACUUGUCUGCAAACGGCGUCUCUACGCACGGAUGCGUCGAAAAGGAAGAGCUGGUCGAGCUGGCGCUGAGUCACCUGGGCAGCGGCUUCCAACUGAACCCCAUUCCCCCAUACAGCCCUCAUCGGACGUCAGCGAGAGGCGUCGAUGAAUCAUGGGUUGUUAUCAACGAGCAGAGUUCGUCGACCUCAUCUGGAGACACAGAGCCGCACGUACCAAGCUCUAACAACAGCUCACCUUCGUCGCACCUGCCCCCAGACCCUCCGCCGCCUGCUGAGGUGCCCUUGAUUAAUGUGGUUGCCGCAGAGGAAGCGCCGCCGUCUCCGCCAAAUGACCCUGUCGAGUCAGAAUCCGUCCCGAUUCCGGGCACCCGUGAACAGCAGCCCGAGGAGCCCAUGUCCACAUCGCUGCCCCUCGGCGGGCUGGCCAACCCCCUGCUGACCAAUCUCGUUAACGGCAGCGGCCUGUCCGGCUCGCAGCCAAACCUUAAUGCGUCCAGCUCUUCAUCGCACAGGGAGUCAGGCGCGUCCAGCAGUGUUCCUCAGCGCUCCACAUCGGAGACCAUCCUUUCAAUUAGUAGAACAAAUAUAUCCAUGUUGACUGAUGAAGAAUUGGAAAAGUUGCCAGUCAAAAACCUUAAGAUAUUACUCACAAAUCAUAGGGUAGACUUUCGAGGCUGUUGCGAAAAGUCAGAGCUGCAAGAACGUGUGAAACGCCUCAGAAGUCAGCUGCAGGAAAACUUAAAAAUAGAUGUCGAUGCUCUAAGUGAUGAAAACCUGUGCAAAGUGUGCAUGGCUGCUCCGAUUGACUGUGUGCUGCUGGAUUGUGGCCACGUUGUCACCUGCACCACAUGCGGCAAGCAGAUGAGUGAGUGCCCGAUCUGCAGACAAUAUGUCGUGCGCUGUGUCAAAAUAUUUCGGGCCUAGGGACGAACCCGAACCGAAUUAAAAUAUUAUUCCAUUACGCGGAGGGAGGCAAGGAGUGCCAAACAAGUGUCAGGAUGUUGAUGUUGAGUAUCAAAAUAUUAACCUCGUGACCAAAAGCAUAAUCUCUAUGUUCCACAUUUUAAGCAUGUGUAAGCAGGUGCAUUCUGCAUUCUUGACUAGUAACUGACAAUAUUCCGCAACCAAUAUGUCGCGCGAUUUUUUCCUGUCUACGCACGGUGAUAAUUUCCAGAAAGUUGACACUAUAGGAUAUAUGUUUCAAUUCCGUUUUUUAAAGUUUUAACUCUUUCUAUAUGAAUGAUUCCAAGUCAUCAGAUUAUCGUGUGAUUUAGUCAUAGUCUAUAACUGUGUGAUUUCCGACUUUUUGGUUCAAGAUUCCAGAAGUACAACUAUACGUACCCUUGUGUAAACAGAAAAAUAUUUUUCUGUGAAAAUUGUACAGCCCUAUGCAUGAGAGCUGUAACUGAUUUCAAACAAACUAAGGCUGGCCCUAUACCACAUUGUUGAGCUGUAUAUUGUAAAUUAGAGUGAAAUGUUACGAAAGAAAAGACGUUUUCCUACACUGAUUAAAUUUUAUUAGUAGCGUAAUCCGAUACAAUUAGUAUAAUCGCAUAAA